AGUGAGCCCUCUACUGGUACUUCGUACCUUUACGCUGUGGUAACUUUUCUCCCCAGCUGUGCUUGCUUGAGCCGAAGGAAUCAGAUUAACGUCUGUUUAAACUACUUCAAUCCACCCGAUUUGCGCGUAAUGUGAGAAGGGAUUACGCGCUCCCAGGUAUGCCUGGGAGUUCGGCACCCCGGUAGCGAACUCGCACCCUUGGCAGCCAGGGCUGGUUCCAGCCACCGCGUACCCGUAAGCACGUGCUGCGGAGCCCCCGCCGCGCCCGGCCGUGAUGUGGGACUCGCUGAGCCUCCCGACCGCCCGGCGGUAUCUAACCUUGGCCGCAUGGUACAGGUCAGAUCCAGGCACCGCCUAGGACGCCCUUUUUCCUGUGGGGAGGCCGGCUGCAGAAACGCUUACUCUGCUAAGCCGGUUCCUGGGUGCGCUCGCGGGGCGUGGGUGCGGUACGGCUGCGCCGCCGAGCGCCGCCGGGUGACGCAAAGCUGCCCUGAAACGUGAGGGUGCCGAGCCGGGAGCGCCCUGAAGUCGCGAGUGAAGGAGGGAGGCACCGGGGCGGUAGAGAGCCGGUGGCUCCUGGGGCUGGCUGCUCGGGUUGUGCGCUGUCAAAGCUCUGUAUGCCUCUUAGAAAAGCAUCUGAAACGGGGAGAAUGGCGUCGCUGUUUUGGGGCGACACCUGCCUGUGAUUUUAACGCUUUCCUUCCCGGCACGCUCCAGCCAAGCCUUUGCAAAGAUUUCCCGAUACCGCGUCCUUCCUCAUUGGGCAAGUUCAGUCAAAGCCAGUUCAAUGCAGGCGUUGGGAUUUUUUUCAGCACAUACACGGAGUAUACGUGCUCUAAAUGCCUACAAUACAGAGGAAUCCAGCUACUUCUAAUGGGAUGCAUUUGCGUAGAGGAAGAAUUCCUCAUUUAAGAUGGGUAAUAAGCAAACGAUAUUUACUGAUGAACAGCUAGAUGCCUACCAGGAUUGCACGUUCUUCACUCGGAAAGAAAUCCUUCGGUUGCAUGGCCGAUACCAUGAAAUGGCACCAAACGUUGUGCCAAUGGACUAUACAAAGGAUCCAGAUGUUAAACUACCUAUGCAGCUUAUAAUAAACAUGCCUGAGCUAAAGGAGAAUCCCUUCAAGGAAAGGAUUGUGGAAUCUUUCUCAGAAGAUGGAGAGGGGAGCCUGAGCUUCAAUGAUUUUGUGGAUAUGUUCUCUGUGCUCAGUGAAAUGGCUCCCAGAGAGCUUAAAGCAAUCUAUGCCUUUAAGAUCUAUGAUUUUAACACAGAUAACUUCAUUUGUAAAUCAGACUUGGAAAAAACCCUCAAUAAGCUGACCCGAGAAGAGCUAACAGCAGAAGAAAUCACUCUAGUUUGUGAGAAGGUGAUAGAAGAAGCUGACAUGGAUGGUGAUGGGAAACUAGGAUUUGCAGAUUUUGAAAACAUGAUUUCCAAAGCACCAGACUUUCUGAGUACUUUCCACAUAAGAAUUUGAAGAUGUUUCUGUGAGCCACUGUUACCAGAAAUGAUUUGCCAGUCCAGCCUUUCUGAAUCUCAGGCACUUUGGGGGCUUUUGUCCUCUAAUUAUGGCUUCUUAGAACUCAGCAGAAAGUACUGAAAUAAUUCUCGUCCACAAAGAGACAGAAGCAUCAUGUGAUCUACGGGACAUUUGAACAGUCACAUUUUUAUCUUCACUGCUGGCCAAGCACUCUGGCAAAGAUGGUUGGUUGUUGGGUUGUGGGUUUUAUUUCUUUUUUCUUUUUUUUAAACAGGCAGAAUCAGAAUAUUAUUAAAGGUAUUUCCACAUAGUUUUUAUAUUUAUGAAUAUUUAAUACUGCUCUUAAAAGCUCGCAAAAAAAAGAUUGACAGAAAGAUUAUCUUUGACUUUUCCAAGAGUGUUUGAAAGAAAGCACAGGCCUUAAAUAAUGAGAUGCCUCUAUCACUGUGUUGUGCAGCUGGCGAUCUUGCAUGGAAAUUAUCUUAAGUGAAAGAACUGCAGUCAAGAUCAAGCUCCCAGUGUUGAAGACAACCACAUCCCAGGUUUGCCGUUCAGUCACUGAAAUGGCAGUUGCUGGGUUUGGUGCUUACCUUCAACCAAUAUUUUGUGGAUUGUCAUGUCCUUAUGAAACUUGAAAUAUUUGCCUUUUGUAUUUGAUAACUGCAUAUGUGAUUAAUUUCUUCACAAGAUAAAUGUUAAAACUGUGUCCUAAUUCUCAAACAGGGCCUUGCAUUUUACUCAUUCUGUGGGCUGAUAAUGUUGAAUGGAAGAAUAUAACCAUAUGUAACUCAUGAAGAAUUUAAAGAAGCACAGAACUACUGCUAAGGAUAUGAAAAGACAUUUUCUUUCUAAACCAGCUAUGCAAUCUUUCCCAUAAAAGGCAUGAAUGCAACUCUAUAUUUCUCUUCCGUCUCCAGCUGGAAAUCAGCUAGAUUUUCUUUUUUAAUUCCAGUAUUGUUUAGGUACUGGGGCCUGAAGACAAUCAUAUGUGUAUUACUGUUCUAACAGUCAAUAGAAGGGCUCUGUCUCUUACAUGGCUUCUGUAUCAAAGUCAUCACAAUUAAAACUUUUGAUGCA